AUGGCCUGCGCCGCAGCUAAUAUUGCAGAUUUCAUAAAAAGAUUAUACAGAAUGUUGGAAGAUAAAUCCCACGCUCACAUUGUUUCUUGGGGAGUGACAGGAGACACAUUUGUUGUUCAUGAUCAAACGGAAUUUUCAAAGAGUGUUUUACCGCAACAUUUUAAACAUAAUAAUAUGGCUAGUUUUGUCAGACAAUUAAACAAAUAUGAUUUUCAUAAAAUAAAAAGUAAUGAUGAUGAUGCGAGACCAUACAGCGAACAGGCUUGGGAAUUUCAACAUCCGAAAUUUCAGUUAAAUCGAAAGGAUCUACUUGAAGAGAUAAAGAGGAAAAUCCCAACUCCACGUAACAAAAGGCAAAAUGGGACGUCUAUAAGAAGUGAAGAUAAACAGCCUCACUGUUUUCAAUUCCAAGAGGAAUGCGCUGGACAAGCACAAGGACAACCACCGAAAUCCAUUAACAGUAAUACAGUGCAUCAUUCCAAUAAUCAUUCGAUUUCUCAGUCAUCACCUUCACCACCAUCUACACCAUAUGAUCUACAAUCUCAAGUAGAAAAUUUGACGGAAUUACAUGCCAAUUUAUCUGGUCACGUUAGCAAUCUAUCAAGAAAUUGUGGCACGAUUCUUGAAGAAAUCAUAAGCUUUAAAAGAAAUCUUGCUGAGCAAGAUGUUUUAUUUAACCGAGCGUUACGACCAAUCACAGAUAAUGGUCCGAAUGACCAUCCGCCUACUAGUAGGAGAUAUUCAUCAAUCUCAUCGAAUUCACCCGUAAAUCCAACAUCAACAAAUGAAUAUCAUGAUUCAAGAGAGUUACAUUCGUCCUUUAUAUCACAAGAAAACUUGAUUUUAAAUUCAUUAAUACGAGCAAAUUCAUCUACCUCAAUGACCGCCGCGACACCGACAAUAACGGACGAUACUUCAGAUGAAUCAUUCAAUGAAAUGAGUGGACUUUCACAUCAAUUCACAUCAAUGGGAGCCUAUUCUGCUGCUCAACAAAUCAAUUUUAAUUUAAACCCAUUCUCAACACCAAACCCUUCGCCUCCUCCUAUACCUACCACCACAAAUCAUCGAAUGUUUAGUGAUAGAACUGUACCUACUUGGUCCAUACAACCAAAAGUUUUGUUCGUUGAUGAGGAAUCAUCUGUUUUGGAAAGUGGUAGACAAUGGCUACAAACGUACGGUUGCCAAUGUGAUACGGCUUCUGAUGGUUUGACUGUCAUUAGAAAAAUGCAAUUACAGCCAUAUGAUAUAAUUUUCAUGAAUGUUGUGAUGCCAAAUGGAAUGAACGGAUUAAGCCUAGCACAACAAAUCCGACGGUUUAAUCAUACAACACCAAUAAUAGGGAUGAUUUCAAAUGAUCAAUCAAUUAGUUCAGCAUCGGAUUAUUUGAAUUAUGGCAUGAAUGAUCUGUUACCGAAACCAUUCACGAGGCCAGGAAUUUAUGCUAAAAUAGACAAAUAUUGUAAUCAAAUGAAAGCCAACGAUUUGUUGAUAUCUCCAUCACAAAAUGACGGUGGUGACUCUAGUCAAAGCACCAUAAACUUCUUAUCCGCUUCUCCUAUGGAUUUAUAUCACCAUCAUCGGUUUAUUAAUGGUGAUAUCGAUGAUUUAAUAAGUAAAGAAAAUAGAAGAAAGAGAGCAAAAUUUUCGUAA